GUUGCAACCUGCGUCAAACUUCUCCUCGAUCAAGUUAGAGAUGCCUUCUUUUGAGUUUCUGGAUAAGGUGGAGCUGUUCGUGCGAACAGGAACACAUCCUGUAGAUGCAUCAAAGAGUUCAAAGAAAGUAACCAGAGCGGCAAGCAAAAAGUUUAUUUAUCAAGAUGGCCGUUUGUGGCGUACUUAUCGAGGACGCCUGCUUCGGGUCGUCAGAAAUAACGAGGAAAUAAGAGAGAUUUUGAUCCGUUACCAUGACAACAACAACCACGCUGGCCGGGUACGGACAGUAAAGGAGAUUAUGAUGAUGUAUUACUGGGUUGGAGUGACAGAGUCGGUGAAGAACUGGAUCAAAAAUUGUACUGGUUGUCAGAGACAAGCUCCUGCCAAAAGAGCUGACCCACCCGUCCAGUUCUGCUUGGCCUAUGGCUGCGAUGCAUCAAGCUACGUUUACCCUGAGCUCACAUUUCACAGGUUUCCAAAAGAAGCCGAGCGACGACGAAGAUGGCUGGCUGUGGCUCAGAGGGAUGAAGGCUCACUUCGCUCAAGAUCCUGUCUCUGCUCAAGACACUUUGAGCCAUCGUGCUUCACCCUGAACGAAGAGGGUCAGAUGAUUCUGUCACCGGACGCUGUACCCACCAUCAUCCCUGUGACAGCGCAGGAGCAAGAGGGUCCUGCAACUUCAGAUGAGGACUUCCUUCAUUCAAAAAGUCUUGAAGAAAUCCUCCACACAGCUGCUACUGAUGCUGCUGCUUCACGAAACACGAGUACUGACCUAGCCUUAGAUCAAUCCCCCACAGAGAUGCAGGAACACCAGUACUCCCUCCCACCUCCUGAUCAGGACUCCACAUCAGUCCAGGCUUUGAAGGUGUACAAGAAAAGGCAGACUGUCAUUGAGUCGAGUUUUGCCACUUACAACCAGAUUGCCAGGUAUCUAAGCCACAGGGUUUUACCGAUGCAGAGCAAGAUAAAAAGAGGCUCUCUAAAGAGGAUGGCCAAGCGUUUUGCUCUAAUAGAUGGAGUUCUGAUGUUCACACGAGUUUCUCCUCCUCUCAGAGUGCCGCGCAGCAGGGAGGAGGUAAACUCCAUCCUGACACAGUUCCAUGACAACCAGGGUCACUACAGCCAGGGAAUCUGCCAGAAAGAGAUCAUGAAGCAUUUCUACUGGGCCACCAUGAGCCGAGACCUGGCCCGCUGGAUCUCCAGUUGCAACACUUGCAUCAACAGAACCAAGAGGAAGUGGCUCCGCUGCAGCAUCCAAAACUGCACCAACUGCUGUGGCCCGGUGGAGAGAGGACUGGGCCUCACCUUUCAUAAGUUCCCUCUCCACAACAUGGCCCUGCUAUCUCAGUGGCUCAAAGCUGUCGGUCGCUCUAACUGGCAUCCUCGUCUCUGGUCCUCUGUCUGUUCGGUCCAUUUCACCGAGGACUGUUUUGAUCGCGGUGGGGACAAAGUCGUCCUCCAUCCGGACGCUGUGCCCACCCUCCUGGUCCACAGUGACUCAGUGGUGUCUUCUAACGGCCCAGUCCAGUCUGUUAUGGACGAGUGUGCCUAUUUUGCCAAGUAUGAUGCGGUGGAUCUCUACCUGCGCAGACACACAUACCCUCCUGGACUGAGUUACGUGGAGAAAAACACCUUCAGGAGGUUCUGCAAACAGUUCGUAAUCAAAGAUGACGAGCUCCACAUAAUGAGGGGAGAUCGGGUGCGUUUGGUUCUAAGGAACAGACAGCAGGUAGAAAACGCCCUGGUAGAUUAUCACAAUGAGCUGAACCACCUGGAUGUCAACAAGUGUCUUAGACUGCUCAAUGAAAGAUACUUCUGGAAAACUAUGAGGUCUGAUGUGGUGAAGUGGAUCAACAGCUGCUCACAGUGCAGCCUGAAAAAAAGGCCGAAACCGAACAACCGAUCAGGAGGAGGAUCGAGUCUGAAAGAGCUGAGAUCACCACAGCUACACGAUGAUUUUGACAGUGGGAGGGAUGAUGAUGAUUACAGUCCUGAUGAAGAGGAUGUUGUUGGUAAUGAAGAGAGGCAGCCAGCAACAAACUCAGAUAACAGAGUGCAGCCAGGAACUCCAGUCAGCACCAAGCCCAGAAUCCCCAUCCUGCUCCAUCUAAAAGCUCCUGUCAACCUGCAGCCCAAACAUCCUGUAAUCUACCAUCAGAAGAAUAACAACACCCGCUAUGUCACCAAAAUCUGGUCUAUCAAGAAAGCGACCCCUACUCAGCCUGAGGUCCAGACAGAGACAAACUCCUCUGAGAACAGUGACCAGGUUCCACCAGAGGGAGAGACACAAACCCAGGACCAGAACAAAACCAAAAGCUGUCAGGGCAGCGCCAGAACACAUUACGUCCAAGUUCAGGUCAUAUCUGAACCCAACGCUGAGUCAGAUGAGCUCCCAGCAACACCUGGUACUCCUGACAACAUAAGCAAUCAAACCUCACCUCCAAGUCAAAGCAAAAGGCUGAAAACGAAGUCCAAGGCUCAAAUAGUGGCUCCAAAACAGACUCAAGGUGCUGUCCAGAGGGCAAAGAGAAAAGUUGACCUGGAUGGAGGUUCUUCAGCUAAAAAGAGCUUUAGCGGUGGUGCAGAGCCAGUGAAGUCCCCCAACAGUGAUCUGUGGCCCGUUUUCACCAUCUCUGAUUCCAAACUCCCUACUGACAUGGACAGCCCCGCACCUACUCGGAGGCCUAGAAAACUUCGGGCUCGGAUUAUCAUCCAGCAGUGCAGCCAGGCCAAAGUCAAGAUCAAACCAGCUCUGGACGGGGCAGAAGCUCAGUGGGCAGAGAUCCAGGAGGGGAUGGUUGUGUACGUGAGUUUCUUCCAAGGAGCCGCUGAGGACGUCAUACAUGAAAUGGCGAACACUCUGAUGACCACCAAACUCUUCCGCAAAGACACUCGACACUUGGUUUCCAUCCUGGAUCUUCCAGGCAGCGUUUUAUUCGUCCCCCAGGACUCCCUAGUUGGGGAGCCAUCGUCCAAGAGGCGAAUGCAGUACAAGGAUGGGUGUGAACCGUGGUGGGGAGCCCAGCUCUUCUCAAUCCUGGUGUCCACCUGCAGAGAGCUCAUGUUGGGCUCAAAUAAGAGCAUGAACGCCAGUGUGAAACUGGAGCAAGGGAUCUAUGGACAGAAACAAGAGAUUGUCCUGAACUCUAUGGAGCCACUGACAGUCCUGCUGGAGUUCUGA